AUGUCCAGGCGCAAAGUCGCUCUCAUUCUUUUAGUCGUGGCUAUCUCUUUUCUCGGUGGCCUUUUUGCCCUGCUGGGUUACCGCGUGCCUGUAUUUGCUUGUCCUUCAUUAUUAUCAUCAUCUUCUUCUUCCUCCUCUUCUUCUCCGACCUCCCCCUUCUUUUCAAAGUCAACACCACACGGCAUUACCGAACUCCAAUGUAGAACUUCCCCGGCUGAGGCCCAAGCCCUUGGCUGUGUACUAGACCCCCUAGCGCUGAGCUGGGUACGCCCAGCCUGCUACAACAAGGAGUUGACUGAGGAGCCCCUCGCCGUCAGGAACUGGACCUGGACCACAGACCCAUGGGGCAAGCGUCAUCUCUCUAAGUCCGAGGUGCUUGACGGUGACUGGGAAUACGUCUACGUCGACCAUUGGUACCAUGUGACACACUGUGCCUUCUUGUGGCGGCGUAUGGAGCGGGCAUUUCACGCCGGAAACCUGAGUGUGUUGGAUAGUUAUACGGCGGCCUAUGACCACAUCGAACAUUGUGGUGAUCGGCUGGUGGCUAAUACGGGCGAGGAGGUGGUUGGUGUACCGGCCAUCUUCAAGUAUUUAUCUUGUAGACCAGGGAGUCUGGGUCAGGAGCCCCCGGCGUAUUGGAUCUAUGAAGGGGAGGUGCAGUAUAACACGAAGAAGCAGGAAGGGCUUUAUGCAGAUCAUAUGAAAAGGGAGGAGGAGUAG